AUGGCGCUGGUAGCCUACUCCGACUCCGAAGCUUCUGACGCCGAACCCGAGCCCACCCCCGCACCCCCCGUCGAAAAAGCCAAGAAACCCGAUGCAGGCGCCGGCUUCCAGGUUGAUCGCGGCAACCCGCGCAAGAUUCGCGUUGCUCUCCCGGACCUGAAACCCGAAAAUCCCACAGACGAGAACGACCAGGAUGGCCCCGCGCGCAAGAAAGCCAGACUGGGAGGUGGUGCUGGAGGCGCAUUCUCGGGCUUCAACUCAUUCCUGCCUGCGCCCAAGCGGGUGGCGGAGAAGAAAGUGCCGACAGCAUCCACGCGCAAGAUCUUUAGUCUGAAGACCGGUGCGGAGCCUGGGUUUGAUCGCACGGCCGAUGCGGAGAUGAGGAAUAGCCGGGCGUUUGAUAAUGACUCGGGUGAGGGCACCACUUCAGUCGCGGGCAGCUCAGAGCAAUCCACCACUCAGUCGGAAUUACCCUUCAAGAAGACCGAGAUUGGAGAAGUCAAGCUUCAGGGCAACCCCAUGAUGUUCCGGCCACUUUCUGUUGCGCGAAAUCAGAAGAAGAAAAAGACUACCAAGGUCGUCCCUCAAUCGACACCCUCGGCACCAGCCUCUACAGCAACAAACCCAGCGGAGGUUGUAGUCGAAUCGUCCACAGCACCAGCUCCUGCUCCCGCACCACCCAAACCAAAAGUCAGCCUCUUCUCACUAUCAUCCGAGGACACGGCUGCAACAGACACAACCUUGGCGGGCACGGGGACCUACGAGCCAUUGGUCUACAACACCGAGACCGAGGCCACAUCCACAGACCCAGCAUUGGUACCAGAGUCGAUGCCUACCGACGCAGCAUACUAUCCCACCAAUGCCUCCGUAUCAUCCUCUCUGGACACAAUCGCGACCGAUCUCAAUCUAUCCAAAUCUGAACGCCGGCAACUCUUCGGCCGCAAUGCUCCCUCGGCCGAUUCCCGCAUUCUCACAUUCAACACUGAUAAAGAGUAUGCUUCGAACCAGGCUAUCGGUGAGGCCGAGUUGGCUGCCACACAGCACAACCCCGUUCGUGCCAUUGCUCCUGGCAAGCACACCUUGCAGCAGCUGGUCAAUGCGGCGAGUAGUCAGAAGGAUGCCCUGGAGGAAAGUUUUGCUACUGGAAGGAGGAACAAGAAGGAAGCUGGUUCAAAGUAUGGAUGGUAG